AUGGAAAAGAAGAAGGGAAACAUUUUGAUGAAUCGAUACGAGCUAGGAAGGUUGCUUGGCCAUGGCACAUUUGCAAAGGUGUACCAUGCUCGAAACCUAAAAACAAAUAAAAGUGUCGCGGUGAAGGUGAUUGAGAAAGAGAAGGUGAUGCAGAACGGGUUGAUUGACCAAAUUAAACGAGAAAUAUCCGUGAUGAGGCUUGUUAGGCAUCCGAAUGUGGUUCAACUCUAUGAAGUUAUGGCUAGCAAGAGUAAGAUUUAUUUUGCCAUGGAAUAUGUAAAAGGCGGUGAGCUUUUCAAUAAAGUCGCGAAAGGGAGGUUAAAAGAGGAAGUCGCUAGAAAGUAUUUCCAACAAUUAGUUGCCGCUGUUGAUUUUUGCCAUAGCCGUGGCGUCUACCAUCGUGAUCUCAAGCCAGAAAAUCUCCUCUUAGAUGAAUCUGGAGACCUUAAAGUCUCGGAUUUUGGAUUAAGCGCUUUGGUUGAUUCUAAAAGGAAUGAUGGUCUUCUGCAUACAACGUGUGGAACACCGGCUUAUGUUGCACCAGAGGUUAUUCACAAGAAAGGUUAUGAUGGCGAAAAUGCAGAUAUUUGGUCAUGUGGGGUUAUCUUGUUUGUUUUGCUUGCAGGCUAUCUUCCAUUUAGUGAUCCUAAUUUGAUGGGAAUGUAUAGGAAAAUUAGUAAAGGUGACUUCAAAUGCCCACAUUGGUUCUCUCCUGAAGUCAAGAAAUUGCUUUCAAGAAUUCUUGAUCCCAACCCAAAAACAAGGGUGACAUUAGCUAAAAUCAUGGAAAAUCCUUGGUUUCAAAAGGGAUUCAAGAAGAUCGAGACACACUAUAUACCACGAAGCGUUCUUGAUGAUGAAAAUGUGUUCAACUUUACCGAAAGCCCAAAGGGUAGUAGUAAUGAUCUUAAAGGACUUGAAGAGAAAGCAUUGAGAAAAAGUUCUUCCAUGAGUACUUUGAAACCAACGAGUAUGAACGCAUUCGAUAUCAUUUCACUUUCUCAAGGGUUCAAUCUUUCUGGUUUAUUCGAAAAUGAUAAUGUUCCAACUAAGAAACCUGAAUCUCGUUUCUCGACCAAAAAGUCAGCAUCGACAAUCAUGUCGAAACUUGAAGAAGUCGCAUCGACUGAGCGGUUUCAGAUGAUGCAAAUGCCAGAUGGAACCGUAAGGAUGCAAGGGAAUAAAGAAGGGAGAAAAGGGCAGUUAGCCAUAGAUGCGGAAAUUUUCGAGGUAGCACCCUCCGUACACAUGGUUGAAGUAAAGAAAUUGGCUGGUGAUACCAUGGAAUAUGAAACUUUUUGUGAUCAAGGAUUGAAACCUACUUUAAAAGACAUAGUUUGGACAUGGCAUGGUGAUGAACAAGCCACAUCAACAAAUCCCACAAACCAUUCAUGA